AUGAGUUUUGGGCCUUCUAAAGCGAAUUAUCUGGGGUUACAGAGCUAUCCGUUGAGUGAUAAUAAGAGUAAUUAUAGAGAGUUUAAGUCUGGAAAGAAAAUUAAGAGCAUUCUGAAAAGUUUCCCGCUUGUUGUCGAGAAGUCAGCAAGAGGAGAUCAUUCCAAUAAUACAAGAAAAUUCAAUAUUUCUUCAGAGAAUGCUAAUAAUAACAAUCAAAGCCUUCCCAAGAAAGCGAAUAAGAUAGAAAAGAUGAGAAGUCAUUCUCCAGAGAUAGAGAGAACCUUGAGGUACCAAAAAGAUUCAAGAAGUCCAAAGAAUCAUAAAUAAGGUAGCUGAGAGAAAAAUAGAACAAAACUUGAGCAUCCAUCAAACUCCGAAGAACAUCAUUCUCUCGAAGCAUGUUUUGCCUGAACUUGAAAGAGGAUUUGAAGUAAAAUAAUAAAUUCCAAGUGAAUCCUCACUUACGAAUCAAGGAGAGAAUGAACGAAACUGAGAACACCCAUAAUCGAGCACUAGAGUCAAACUACAGUGAAAAUGGAGCUUGGCUAGAUAGUAAAUUCACUGACAAAAGAUAUCGAGAACUAUUGGCCAUCAAACCUGAAAUUAGAGAGAAUAUUAGCUCACAGAGAAAAUCUGGGGUUAAUGUUUUUAGCACUGCGAAUUCUGGUAAAUAAAAUCAAUGAUUUCAUUUUAAUCGGAAAAAUAAAAAAUAUGGAUUUUCCUAAAUCUGCACAAAAGAAGCCUCAUAAUUAUGUAAAAACUCGAAUGAAAGAAAAUCAUGAGAAAUUUCGAUAUGAUUACAAUGAUACUCUACAAACCUCCAUGGAAAGUUUAGAGAAUCCUGAACACCUUGAAGAGUCUCCGAGCAGACCUAUGGUCAAGAUGCUCCUUGAGAGAACUCAUAAUGGACGGAUCUUGACUAAAUUUACCUAUAACAAUGAGCAUGAUAAAGAUUUCCAAGGAAAUGAUUACUCAUGACCUUUUGAAGAAAAGGCCAGUAAUCUUGGAACUAUUUCUGAAGUCAAAAAUAGACUCAAAAAGAACUAUAACUUUUCGAAAUAUUACCAUUCUGCUACUAAAGGAAUCCACCAACACCAUGGCUCAAAACACAACAAUAAUUUUAACAAAGACAACUAUAAUUCAAGUGAGGAAGACAGGUCUAAAACUUCAAGCAGCCAGUACGAAGAGCAUGGUCUUGGAAAUUAUCAAGAAAAAUAACAGAAGAGUGCAUCAGAGUUAUCUUGAAGGACAUAGCCUAAACCAAGACAUCAACUCUAACAGUUUCGAAAGUAAAUAUAGUAGUCACAAGAAGAUCCAUGUCAGUAAAAAUCAUGGAGAUUUCAGACUCAGUUUGACUAAGAAGAGCAAAAACAACUUAAGAUAUGGUCAGAAAAAUAUGAUACACUCAACUCCUAGAAAAAGUCAGAUAAAUCUGUUGAAGAAAGUUAAUUCAAUGGGGGAUAAUUUUACAAAGAGCAACUUCAAGUCAUUGAAAACUUUGCAGGGAAAACUUCAGUCUGACACUAAUCUUGGUUCUCUUUCAAAAAGCCAAGCUAUAGAAAACUCGUUUAUUAGCAAUCAUAGAGUAAAGGCCGAAAGAGCUAGAAAAAUCUUUUUGAGAAAUAACCAAUCAAUAUAAAAAGAAUUAAGAUGAAAGAGAAUUAUGUUCAACCUCACAUAAGCAACAAAAGCUUACGCUCUCUUGUUGAGAUGGAUAUUGGAAAGAAGAAAUCUGAACAGAGCAGCCUCCCUCAACUUAGAAGGAUCAAUAACGAUUCAGAAAUGAAGGAGAUGAUCUUAAAACUGUCUUAUAGUCUGGUAAAGAUGAAAAACUCUCAUAAUUCAACUAAGUUCAACAGCAGGAAAAGAAAUAUUUCUAUCUUAAAGAAAGUUAUAAGAACUAAAAACUCCCAGCUGCCUAGUGGCUUUAAAGAUUAUAGUACAAAUUUGGGUAAUAGUUAUGAUUUCUCAAGAAAUUUAUCUUCAGACAAAGUAGCUCAAACCAAAAGUAGAAGUGAAGAUAUUAUCAGCUAUGGUGAUAAUAUGAUUUCCUCCGAGCCAUCCGAUCAAUUUCUUCACAACACAGGUGGUAAAUCGUCUGUACAGAAAGCUUUGAAAUACUUCAUUAGCCAGAAAAUGAAAGGAAAUCAUCCAAUCGAUUACACCAAGUAUUUUUGGAUUAACAAUGACAAGUAUAUUAGCAAGUUUACACCUUUAUAAAUGUUUCAA